AUGGUUAUCAGUCAACUAGAUGUGGCAGUCUCUGGUGGAUCAGAAUUCCAUCAAGAAUCUCCAGACGAAUUCACCGUUUUCGUAGGCCGUUGGACUGAGUGCUCUGUUCACGAUGUGGAAAAUACAAAAACUAUUGAAAGGUACUGCGGUGCUGGUAUUUCAAACAUAGGCGCAACCCGAGUAUGCGUGAUGCGUGAGAACUGUUCUCUAGGGGAAUGGUUACCAUGGCGACCACGACCGGAUGGCUCGCUUGUGCGUACUAGGCGACUACGUAGAUUGCCACAAGAAAAUGAUGAAGACGAUGACGCAGAUGAUGAUGACGCAAUCUAUGAUGAAGAUGAUGAGUCUGAUGAGGGCGAUAAAGACAUUGACGCGAAUUGCGGCGGUGGAGUACAGCGGCGAGAAGCAACCUGCGUCCGCGCAGAUGGGCGAGCACUACAUCCUGCUCAGUGCGCACACACAACUAUGCCUACUUUAGUUCAGCCGUGUGAGGAAACAGACGUCUACAAUCAAAGCGAUGAUGAAGAACCAUGCAUUGAGGAAGGAGAGAUGGCUCGAGAUGUUAUGUGUGUACAGAACAAUGCUGAUGUUGUAAGAGAGGCUCUGUGUGUCGAUGGCCAAGGUAACAAAGUAGAGGACUCUGUCUGUGAGACAUCUGGUGCCGGAGCCGCUCCUGACAGAGUGACGCCUUGUCAUAUGCCCUGCCCAGCUGACUGCGUCCUCAGCCCAUGGUCUGAGUGGAGUCCUUGUGAACUGAACGUCACAGCCCGUGAAGCAAGUGAGUCAUGGUGUUAUGUGCCUUGCGGAGUGGACUGCGAAGUAGGCGAAUGGAGUCCUUGGGACACUUCUGCCUGCUCUUGUGGAGACACGUCUUCUACCCGCCAUAUGCGAAGGACCAGUGGUGAUGCAGAUGAAAUCCCCGAUUUGCUUGAAAUUGAACCACGCGAAAGCAUCCUACGCCGUGCCAACAUAAUUGAGAAACGCAAAGUCUAUCACGAUGGAUAUAUAGCAACGAUUAGGUUGUCCAUGUUAGAUAACAUAACCUGCACAUAA